AUAAAACCAGCUCUGAGGGGAUCAGUCACAAAGGUUUCGUUUACAGUUUUGCUUUGAAGUCAUCCGGCAUCAUGAAUCUGUGGCUCCGAGCUCAUUUCAUGGUUGCGCUGCUUUUUCUGAGGUGCUCAGCUCUGACUCCGGAAGAAUGCCAGCCACUGGUCAAACCCACCUCUCUGGACUCCAUGAUCCAUGAGAAGCUGUACUUCCUCAUGGCCUACGCUGAACAGGACACCUACAAGAACAUCCUGAAGGUGACCGACAGCUCCUGGGUCAAGAUCACAGCGUCGCCAUCAGCCCCCAGACAAGUGGUGAUGUCCCAGGAGAACCGCAUAAACGGUUCGUGUUUCGCUUCCUCAGUGAACGUCUCCAUUGAGUCCGACAGUGCGACGGUUUCAUUGGCCAACAUCACCACGUACUUCCAGGUUCUGCCCAGCUGUGAAGGUUGUGUCGUCUUCAGUGGGAACUCAACCCUGAAGAACCACAAGAAGAUUCUGGACUUCAUGAAAAUCAGCAGCGUAUCAGACAACAAGGAGUUCUCCUCUGGCUUCCUCUACUUCCUGGCUAAAGAACCGACUGUAAAGGCCUCAGAUCUGGAACAUUUCAAGCAGCAGGCUGAUUGUCUGGGGUUCUCUGGAGAACCGGACUUCUACUACAACCAGGAGAAAAGUUUCUGUCAGGAAGGUGAAGGCGUGCGGCUGCCGUUCCCCUAAAACCUCCUCCUUCCCCCUAACUCCCCCUAACUCCCCC